UGAAGAGUGAGAGAGAGACAGAGAGAGAAGAGUUAUCCUCGCUGCCCUUGACACCGCUACCUACUUAAACUCCACGCUUCCUGCUAUCCCCUGUUUCUGAAUUUCCUGUUCCUUACGAAUUUUCUCUUCCUCCGGAGUGUUUCCUUCCUACUCGAUUGGCUUUGCCUUUACUUCCAACACACUCCUACCAAUCCAUCUUCAGAACCACCCUCCCGUGUACUACCACUACUCCUCUUCUUCUUCAUUCAUCAUGGGUGACAACAACCAAGCUACCACCGGCUUCGACCCUGCCGCCAAUGCUCCCGAUGCUGCUGCCUGGGAUAAGGGCAAGGGCAAGGCCACAGACCCCACCCAAGACAUGCGCAUGGACGAUGAUGAGAGUGACGAGAGCGAGGCCGAAGAAAUGGUCGAUGAUGAUGACGAUGAAGACAACGACAACCUGGAGCCCAUCUCCUCGGAGAACAUCAUCUCCGGUGGCCGCCGUACACGCGGCAAGAACAUUGACUUCCAAGCCGCCGCCGAGAGUCUGAAGGAUGAUGGCAUGGACGAGGAUGACGAUGAGGACGACGACUACGUUGGCGCUGGUGAUGACGACGAGGACAACAAGAUGCAGGACUAGAUUUUUGGAUCAAGCUACGACGAUACCAACACACACUUAGGGGCGGCGAGCGCAAUGGGAAUUGGGAUGGAUAGGCGCAGGGUCUGCUUUGAGGGUUUCUUCGGUUCCUUUAUGCCGGUCACACUUUCAUCUCUUAAUCAUAUUAUGAUGUUUUUCUUUUCCAGGUUUUGGGAUGGAUACGGAUCAUUAUGAUUGCCUAUGCGUUUUUCCCUUUCAAUGUUUCCCCGAUAGGCACACCCUGGACCCUUUUUGUUUGGGCCAGGGUUCGGCUGAAACUAUCGCCUCGCAAUGGGGUUCAACUGAGCUAUCACCUCCAUGCUAAACCCACCUCAUGGUCUGCAGAGGAGAUCUAUAAGCAAAUAUCUCGAUAAUAAAAAAAGAA